CUCCGACGAAUUCAAGCCAAAUUCGAGCCUCGAAUUCGAGCUACGAAUCAUCGCCGUUAAAAUAAAUACAAUAAGUUACAACUAAACACUACUUGAGAUUUAAUUAAAGAUCUCUUCGAUCGUAAUUACAAUAGGUCAUAAUCGACAUCACAAUGAAUCAUAACCAAUGAUUAUAACCAAAUAUCACUUAAAGUAUAACCAAACGCCUAUUUGAUUAUAAUCAAAAUAAAAAUUACAAAGAUCAUAACUAAGGCCUAUUUUGAGAAAUCACAAUUUGAACCAAAAAAAUCAUUAAAAAAAUGUCAACUCUUUUACAUUUAUUCGUAUAAACUCAAAAAAAUCAUUAAGUCAAUUUUUCAAGUUUGAAUUAGUAAAAAACAAUUUUGUUAAAAUCUCAAUAGCAAUAAUUACUCAGGUAAAAAGUUGAGCCACUUCCGAAAAUCAAUAGCAAAAAGUAUUUUGGCCUUGUUUUUUUGAGAUGAAAGACUACUAUAAAGAAAGAUGAGGCCAAAGUGAAAAUUUUUAAUUUUUUUACAUACUAAAAUGGGAAAAUUAAUUUGUGAUAUUUAUACUAAUACUAAAAAUAAUCAAGUAAUAUUGGAAUAUUACAGUAAAACAAAUAAGAAUUGGAGAAUUACAUGUACCGUUUAUUUAGGCGAGAGAUGAAGAAAACGACGCCGUGUGCAGGGUGAUGGCAAAACCCUAACCUAAUCGGGCUCCAUCCAUCGUUGAUUCGUUGCGCUGCAUUUGAAUUUCCGUCUUUGAAAAUCAACUUCUAGGUUUUGUUGAUCAGUCAUCGAUCGCUACUGGGUUGCAAUUAUCUUUUCAGAAUCCGUAUAUUUCCAACCUGAAUAGAUCGCCAAUUCAAAAGGAAGAAAGAAAGCAAGCAAAAUCAACAAUGGCUGUUCUUAACCCCCUUUCUCUUCGAUCUUCAACAAGGUACGUUCCUUCAACCUUCCUCUGUUUCUUUCUGCAGAACCCUAUUUCAUCUUACUCUCGACCCUUCUGUUCUGGAAACAACUCUGCUCUAGACCACGACGUCGAAACUGUAUUCCGCAUAAUCAGUAACUCUUCGUCUUCAAACAACUUGAAACAGUCGUUGAAAUCAAGCGGAGUGUUUCUUUCCAACGAUUUGAUCGAUAAGGUUCUGAAAAGGGUUAGAUUUAGCCAUGGGAACGCAUUACAGGCUUUGGAGCUGUUCAAUUUCACCGCUGGACGAAGAGGCUUUUAUCACUCUUCUUUCUCAUUGGAUACAAUGCUCUAUAUCUUAGGCCGAAGUAGGAAAUUUGAUCAAAUUUGGGAUGUUUUGAUUGAAAUAAAGAGAAAAGACCAAUCUUUGAUAUCUCCACGAACUGUUCAGGUAGUCUUAGCUAGAAUUGCUAAGCUUUGUUCGGUUAGGCAGACCGUGGAAUCAUUUAAAAGGUUCCGAAAGCUUGUUCCCCAAUUCGAUACCAAUUGUUUUAAUGGCUUGUUGAGAACUUUGUGUCAAGAGAAGAGCAUGACUGAUGCAAGAAAUGUGUAUCAUAGUUUGAAACAUUUGUUUCCGCCAAAUUUGCAGACUUUUAACAUACUUUUGUCUGGUUGGAAGUCAUCGGAGGAAGCUGAGGGGUUCUUUGAAGAGAUGAGGGAAAUGGGUGUCAAACCUGAUCUUGUGUCUUACAAUUGUUUGAUUGACGUGCAUUGUAAAGGUAGAGAAAUUGACAAAGCUUAUAAGGUAAUUGACAAGAUGAGAGAAGAGGAUAUAUUGCCUGAUGUGAUAUCAUACACUAGUAUAAUUGGGGGUUUGGGGUUGGUUGGUCAACCUGAUAAAGCUAGAGACGUUUUGAAGGAGAUGAGGGAGUAUGGAUGUUAUCCCGAUGCAGCAGCAUAUAACGCUACAAUUAGGAACUUCUGCAUUGCAAAGAGGCUUGGUGAGGCAUACGAUUUGGUGGAUGAGAUGGUGCGAAAAGGUUUGAGUCCAAAUGCAACUACUUACAAUUUGUUCUUUAGAUGUUUUUAUUGGUCAAAUGAUUUGAAAAGCUCAUGGAGUUUGUAUCAGAGGAUGAAGAAAACUGGGUGCCUACCAAACACACAAUCUUGUAUGUUUCUAAUCAGGUUGUUCAAGAGGCAGGAGAAGGUUGAGAUGGCCCUUGCUCUCUGGAAAGACAUGGUGGAAAAGGGCUUUGGGUCCUAUAUUUUGGUAUCCGAUGUGUUGUUUGAUUUGCUUUGUGAUAUGGGGAAGUUAGUGGAAGCAGAGAAGUGCUUCUUGCAGAUGGUGGAGAAGGGGCACAAACCGAGCAAUGUUUCAUAUAGGAGGAUCAAGGUACUCAUGGAAUUGGCUAACAAGCAGGAAGCACUUCAGAAUUUAUCAGAUAAAAUGGCUGCUUUCGGUUCAUCAAUCCAAGUUCCAAAAAGUGAAGAUGGUUCAACAGAAAUGUCAAGUUCAGACUUCAAUGCUAGAAGGCUGUUGUCCGUCAAAUAUAUGGGAUAAGAAUUGGGCAUCUGGGAACUCAAUUAUCUUUUCCUAUUCUAUUUGUUCAAGUUGAGGCGGAGAAAAUUCACCCUCUCUUAUGAUGCCUAUCUUCGAGUUUCUCUUGCAAAUGCUUUGCUACAAAAUUUCUUGGAAGAAGAUACUUAUUGUUGGGUACAGUGGCCCUCUUUUUGAUUGAAUUAACCGGGAGUGGCUGGGAUUGGCCACAGAAAGAGAAGGAUUGAGGUGAGAGAAGAUGUCCGAUCAAAAAAACAAAAAAGAGGAAAGAGAAGCAGUUUGAUCUGUCAAAAUUUAUAAAGGAACUUGAGUGUUACGCUCCAGGGAUACAUAUAAAUUGGUCUGGCUGAGUGAGCUUUCACUUCUGAAACAAGUAGAGAAUACAUCUUCGAUACAGAUUCUCGUCUAAAAGAAACAUGUUAUCCUGAGCGAGGAAUAGGUGCUCACUCUACAUGUUCUGGUUGUCGAAGCAAAGCUUUCCAAAGCGAAAGGCUAGCUUCAAUUGCAGAAAUAAUAUAAGCCCAACAAGGAAUCUGAUGUGUAUAUCAGCAGACUCAAUUGCAUGAACUUUGGUUCCUGUAGCAGCUUCUGCGUUGUUAUAAUUAUUUGAAAUGAUUGCUAUCUUUGUGCUGGAUUUGUAUUUCCAUUAUGAAGCAAAUUAAGCUUUUGGAUGUUCAUUAA